CUCCAUUAUCCUCUCACGCGCACCGCAGCUCGGUGUGACACAUGCGCGCGGACGCGACGCCAGCUGAGAGUGAGCCACGCACUUCUGAUGAUGACAAUCACUUCUGUUCCGUUCAGUCCGGGUCCGGGACUCGGCUCAGCGAUGUUGUAGCUUCUCCCAGUCUUCCUGUUUGUCCUCAGAGAAGAGGCUGCAUGCAGGCAGGUUUGCCUCGAGCCCCCUCCACCCCGACACGGRUCGGUCCACUACAACUAUGAGGAUCCUGCAGCCCGCAGCGCAGAGAGGAUGAACACCACGGGACCGCGGCUCUUGAUCUUCUUAUGAGCCCAGAUGCCUCCCCUCCCUCUUGACGAGCGCAUAGUGGUCAUUCAGCGCCCUAAAAACUUAGCCUUGUGUGAUGCUUCCCCGCAAACCAUUCCACAGCACGCCUCUCACAUAACAGCCACUUCCAAUGGACGAGUUCCCCACCCUCCUCACCUCCACACCUCUCAGUCCCAUUUUUAUUCACCCUCGUGUAAAUCUCUAAGUGUGGAAUGCAAGCGCAGGCCCUCUCGCGUGCAGAAGUUCAAGGCCGACCACCCUGCCGUCUCAGCGGGCGUCAGACACGUGCCAAGCCACUGCCACAGCAAUGGUACGGUGACUCUCGGCCCACGGCUGCCCUCCCACACACAUACUAUUGAUAUCAAAGUCACGGUGGACAAAGGGGGGCGAGAAGGAUUAAGCAACUCAUUAGGACGUGCUGGAAGUGUAAAAGGUGGUCGAGGAAGAUGGGCCUCGUUGCAGCAGGAUCAAGGGACAUGCGAGAGAAAAACUGGAAGRGCAGGGAGGCCAGGUGGAGCUGAACACAAGCCACAGCGAGUUCGUCAGCUGUCCUCCUCCCCUGGAGGGGUCUUACAGUUUGUCCCCGCUCAGGCACAGCAGCAUAUAUUCAGAGGUGAAAAGGAGAACUCUAGUUUCCACAACAYAAGCAAGCAGGAAUACACCUCUUUGAGUUACAAGAAGAAUUCCAAACUGGGAACUGUGCAUCAGAGUCACAAUAGCAACAGUCUACCCCACCACCACCACUCUGUCCCUGUGCCCCACGCUGCCAUCCUAAACUCCACAUACCCUUCAUCUUCUCCUUCUGAACCCCCUCACGUACCAGUCUUAUUUCAGCAGUUUAGUCAGCCUCACCCACCUCGCACCAGGGACCACCGCCCCCAUAUCCUUCAUGGUCUUUCUGUGUCCCCUUGCUCCUCUCAUGCCGGAAGGUUCCCCAGCCCUGACCAUACCUGRACCAUCGACUGCACACGCCCAUUCGGUUGUGGCUGCUGGAGGUUGAUGAGAUGCGGUGGGUGUAAGGGGGACUCCUCUAGCUUCCAGGGAGGUGGAGGAAGCACUUCCACCUCGUUUUCCUGUGGCCACAAUGUUGGAGCCAUGAAGAGAGGAAGCAAAGACAUGGGCUUGAAAAAUCUGGGUGGCUGUAUUUCCACCGCCUCCACCUCCAACACUUCGUCAACCAACAGCACCACCUCGGACUGCCGAGCAAACCUGUUUAAACCUCUGCGCUGUGCAUCCUGCUCUGCUGAGGCAGGAAACUUUGAGAGUCCUGCCAUUCUUCGUAAGAAACUUGUUGGAGGAUGCCUGCCCUGUACUCCUCUGUCCUCUUCAGGCCCUCUGAGGGCAAUACAAAGCUGCGUCACGGGUUGCAACCCCAAAGCAUCUCAGACAGGCAGCUCUUCCUGCAGCUACUGCAGUAGUGACCCCAUAGUGGUGACAUACAACCCUCAGAGAGGGAAACCUCCAGGAAGAAACAUCGGAGCAGCUCACCCGAUGGCUAUGUACCAGGCUGAUGAUGAUGACUACAAUGUGCGGACUAUCUGGCCUGAAGAGCUGGCCAAGAAGAUGACCCACUCUAAAGCCCAAAAGAAUAACCGUGCUGGGAUGGGGGUAGGUUUUGGGAAAACCUGUGCAAGUGUGGCUCAGAAUGACAGUAAUGGAAAAGGCCUCGCCUUCUUGGACUGUCAAAAUCUCCAAGGAUACGGACAGAUGCAUUUCACAGACCAUGCUGGGCGCCGGCAACUUCAGCAGGGCAAAAUGGCGGCCCUUAAUUUUGUGAGUGGCAGGUUGGGAUCUGGGUAUGAGGAUGGUCAUAACUCACUGAAGAGGCUCCUGAACAAAGCAGAAGACGCAGGGAUGAGCGAUGGACCUGAGCCAGACGAAGAUGUAGCAUAUCCCCAGUGCAACUCUUCCCGAUCUGUGUCCCCGCCAUCACCUGUGUCCUUUUCCCCUCCACCGUCCGCCCCGACCACCCUCAUCAAACCCAAACCAUGGCAGAGAGAGCGGGAGGGAGGACACUCUCUGCCAUCAGCUCACUCUCUACACCUGGCCCUGAAUUCCCUUAACAGAGAGCAAGACGAGGAGAACAACCGAAUGAGACUCUCUCUGCCACUGUCCUCAUCAUUACCAGCGUCUCUGUCAGAUGAAACUGUGAUGACCCCCGAUGCGGAGAACGCCGUCAUCAGCGCGAUCCUGCCCUUCCUGUUUCUGGGAAACGAGAGAGAUGCCCAGGACCUGGACCUGCUGAUGRGCCUCAACAUUGGCUACGUGGUCAACGUGACCACACACCUGCCCCUGUACCAUGUCAAAGCUGGACUGCGCUAUWAACGGCUCCCAGCCACAGACAACAGCAAGCAGAACCUCAGGCAGUACUUUGAGGAGGUUUUUGAGUUCAUUGAGGAGGCAUAUCAGAGUGGAAAGGGAGUYCUGGUGCACUGCCAGGCAGGUGUGUCUCGUUCUGCAACCAUCGUCAUCGCCUCUCUUAUGAAGCACACCCUCAUGACCAUGACGGAUGCCUACAAAUACGUGCGYAGCCGUCGGCCGGUGGUGUCGCCCAAUCUCAACUUCAUGGGUCAGCUUCUGGAGUUUGACAGGGACCUAAACUCUGGGGUAACGCCUCGGAUCUUGAUGCCUAAGCUUAUCGGUGUGGAGACGCAGGUGUGAGCGAGGCGAAGGAGCCAGAGUGUGUAGCAUGGACGCAUAAUAUGGAAAUCAAAGAAAGUGUGCGGUAGAUUUUAAAAGACAAAACAUCACACCUGCAACAUUUUUGGUGUGUUUUUGGCAGAUAGUGCACUUUUAAUACUGUGAAUCAUGAGACAAAAACAACUGGAUGAUUUAAAUAUUUGUUAGACAACUUGAUCGUCAUCCAGUAUUGUGUUUAAACAGUAUGAUAACGUGCCAAUAUUUUCUCUAGCUCUAACAACGCUCAGAUAUCUUUUGAUUAUUUAUGAUACCUCUUCCUUGUUGUUCCUGUUGUUUACAUUCACAGCGGCAUUGAAGAAGUGACUGAGUUUCUGUAAAUCAAAAAUGCAUGCAGAACACYAAUGCAACAGUGAAAAGAUUCAUUGAUAAUCUUUCUUUUCGUACAACUCUGUCUCCACUACAUGUAGCAGCACACAGGUUGAUACAGCGCACUUUACUUCCUGUGCUUUUUAUUUUUUAUUUAUCAGCCACAAAAUUAUCACAAAAAUAAGAUCAGACCUCAGUCACUCUUUGCUUUUAGGUUCAGAACUGUGCAAUAGUGUUACAAAAGGACCUAGGAAGAAAUCUUAUCACAGAAGGGUAAAGUGAUUUUUAUUUUAGCAGAAAUCAAAGUACUCCAGCACUGUGUUAACUUGAAAACAUAGAUUACACAUUGUAAGGAGUUUACUCUAAGGGCAUUUACUGAGCUGGUCACAAAGCUACAUUCAGUGGUGGGCACAGCUAACCAAAACGUUAGCUUCGCUAAAUCCACUAAAUUAAAGUACAGCUUUGCUAAUGGUAAAUAGCUAAGUAUGUAAAACAAUUAGCUAACGCUAACAGCUGAUUGCUAAUUGUCACUCAGUCUGUGUCACAUGUCUUUGUUUCCUUCCAGCUGAAGACCAGUGGGACUGACAAACCU